AGCAAACAAAAACUGUAGGCCACAUAUAUGUCCUCUUUAUUUAAACACUGUUUUAAAACCUUUUAGAAUAGUGCUCCUCUAUUUGUUGGGGUUCAAAGGAAAAUUCAAAAUUAGAGAUUUUUAUAUUUGCAUAUACAAACUUCUUGAUUUGGGUGAUCUGAGUGAAGCUAGUAGGAUAUAGAUAGAUGCACUUUGUACAGGAGUCAAAUGUCAAACACCCACAUCAACAACAAACCAAGAUCCCAUUCACAUCCUCCCCAUCCUUUCUUGACUUGAAAUAUUAUUAACGAACCCAAAAUUUAAAAAAAAAAAAAAAAAACACAAAAGAUCUUUUCUUUCUUUUCUUGUUCUCUUGGUGGAGUAUAGGCUACUGUAUGACUGUAACUUCAUCUCCAUUUCAAAUGUUUGCAAGGUGAUCUUAUUGGAAUCUAAAUUGAUCUCAUUCGGUUCGUUGAUCAUCAUGGACAACAAUGGAUAUGAUAAUAUUCCAAUGGGAAUUCCUAGUGAGAAUUUCUUUAUUCAAGAUGAAAACUUUCAGUCUGCAGCCAUGGUUUCUUUGACUCAAAAAGCAUUUGUUGAUCAAAACCACCAUUUAAUGCCUGGAUUCCCAAUGAUUUCGAUGAUCACGAAUGAACCGGUAAAUGGUACUGAAAAUCUUGGAAGCAACUUGGAUGUUCCGAUUUCUGGCACAGCACUUGCAGCUCUUCUUGCCUCAAGAAAUGGUCAACAUGAAAGCCUAAAUUUGCCUCCUUUUGGUCAAUCUCUUGACAUACCGAAAACCGUCGUUCCAGACAGUUAUUUCCCUAAUAAUACGCUAUAUAACACCUCUGAGAAUUUUGGAUUUGAUGGCACGCUUAGUGACAUGAACAGGAAAUGGGAUUUCAACGAGUUUUUUACACCACCAACCGAAGAAACGGCAUUUAGUACACUUCCGAAUGGCUGGGUAUCAUCUGGAAAUAACCCGAGUGUGAGUUCAGAUGGUAAUGAGCUGUCUUUGAGUCUUGCUACUUGUUCUGGCAUGAGCAACCUUUCUUUACAAGGUAGACAAUUAGGAAGCUUAGAACAAGCGAGUUCUUGCAAUAGCAAAAAUCUUUCAUUAGGGUUUGAUUCUAACAUCAAUCAUAGGCCGGUUCAGGUUUUGCAAUGUUCAUCUGGGUAUCUUCAUAUGAUGCAAGAAAUCCUUACAGAAAUUGCAAGCUUUUCUCUUGGAAACGUUGAUCAUAUGAGCUUAAAACAGUUGAAUGCCGAUGAUUUUUUGGAUGGAAAUAACAGAUUUGAAGAUCGAUAUAAUCCAGUAUUAAAAUCGCUUGGUGUUGAAGCGAAAAAGAAGCAUUUGCUGGCAUUACUAGAAAUGGUUGAUGAACGAUAUAACCAAUACUUAGAUGAAAUUCAUACCGUGAUAUCUGCAUUCCAUACUGUAACAGAACUGGAUCCUCAAAUUCAUUCUUGUUUUGCUCUGCAUACAAUUACUUUCUUUUAUAAGAAUUUAAGGGAGAAAUUAAGUAAUCAUAUACUUUCAAUGGGAGCCGAUUUUAGCACAAUGGAUCCCGGGGAAGAAGAGUUGUCGUCUUUUGUACCAAAACAGUGGGCUCUUCAGCAAUUAAGAAGAAAAGAUCAUCAACUAUGGCGGCCUCAAAGAGGGUUGCCUGAAAAAUCAGUUUCUGUGUUACGCGCAUGGAUGUUUCAGAACUUUCUUCACCCAUAUCCUAAAGACGCGGAGAAACAGUUGUUGGCUGUAAAAAGUGGAUUAACACGAAGCCAGGUAUCAAACUGGUUUAUAAAUGCGAGAGUUCGUUUAUGGAAGCCCAUGAUCGAGGAAAUGUAUUUAGAGAUGAACAGGAGGAGGAGCCGUGGUGAAGAAACAGCAAGUAAUCACAGAAACCAGCAAUAUCUCAGUCAAAUAUAAAACUACAUUUCUUCUUUUGUAAUGUAUCAUUCGCUUAUAUUUUGGCACAAGUCAGCGAUUUUCUGAACUUGAAUCUAAGUAUAUAUUUGAUAACAAUAAAUAAAAAUGGUUUAUAUAUUGUAUCUA